AUGGGAGUGAACGGAUUCACGGAGGAAUCAUUCUCUGCAUUGAAGAUCAAGGCAGACCAAGCCAAGGAGAAGGGAAACGUUUAUGAUUUAAUUCACACUGUAGAGUUCGCCAGUUUUGACGUUGUGAAUCAGCAAUCAGGAUCAUGUCUUGGGAGGUUUCUCUCUCUACUCCCUCGUCUUACAAAACUGAUUGUCUUCCACUGUUCCUUUCAUGAUGAUUUCUACAGAGAGAUUGCUGAACGUGCUUUGUCAUCUCAGAUUCACACUGUAAAGUUCGACUGUUUGGACGUUGUGUAUCAGCAAUCAGGAUCAUGUUUUCUUGGGAGGUUUUUCUCUCUACUCCCUCGUCUUACAGACCUGACAAUCUCCUCUUUCUUUCAUGAUGAUUUCUACAGAGAGAUCGCUGAGCGUGCUUUGUCAUCUCAGAUUCACACUGUAAAGUUCGACUUUUUGUUCGUUGUGAAUCAGCAAUCAGGAUCAUGUUAUCUUGGGAGGUUUCUCUCUCUACUCCCUCGUCUUACAGUCCUGACGAUCCGCUGCUGUUGCUUUCAUGGUGAUUUCUACAGAGAGAUCGCUGAACGUGCUUCGUCAUCUCAGAUUCACACUGUAGAUUUGGACCGUUUGUACGUUGUGAAUCAGCAAUUAGGAUCAUGUUGUCUUGGGAGGUUUCUCUCUCUACUUCCUCGUCUUACACACCUGACGAUCUCCUGCUGUUCCUUUCAUGAUGAUUUCUACAGAGAGAUUGCUGAACGUACUUCGUCAUCUCAGAUCCAUACAUUAUUUCUCGGCUUUCAAGAGGAUCCGCAUGGACCUCUGAGUUCAUCUGCAUGUAAGCAUCUAGCCAGAUUUAUCUGCUGUCUACCCCGUCUUACAACCCUCACGAUCGCUUGCAAUGAGGAGCUACUUGAUGAUUUCUUCAUUGAUUUUGCUUCCAUGGCAGCAUCAUCAAAGAUCCAUACAUUAGUUCUCGGCUUUCAAGAGGAUCCGCAUAGACCUCUGAGUUCAUCUGCAUGUAAGCAUCUAGCCAGAUUUAUCUGCUGUCUACCCCGUCUUGCAAACCUCACGAUCACUGACAUUUACGGGCAACUUGAUGAUUUCUUCAUUGAUUUUGCUUCCAUGGCAGCAUCAUCAAAGAGUCCUUACUUCAUGGAAAGGAAACACAUCCCUUUAUUAGAUAAGUACUGGCCAAGAUGGAGAGAGCUUCAAUCGCGCGCUGAAAGUAGUUCAUCCGCUGUUUCUACUAACCAUUCUGAAGUUGAGCCAUCGCAGCACCAAGGACAUCCUCUGGACUAACCAACCUUCCUCCCCAUCAACAAGAGGUAACAACACUGAAUAAUCCUCUUACAUGUUUCCAAUCAGAGGCAAUGGACCUAUCACUGAAUCACCCCCAACAAAUACCUGGUGAAACAAUCCAAUCUACCUCCGGUCAAGAACAGGUGACAAAUUCCUACACCUGUAUAUCUGACCACCGUACAUUCAGUCAUGGUAAUUCAACUAAACACCUCUCAGUCCUAACUAACGCAAUGGUGUGACAUUGUGACGCCUACUACAGUCCAUAUUUUUUUUAAUGUAACUAUUAUGUUUGCAGGGAAGGGCCUUUUGGUGGGUUUGUCGUCAUGUUAUCGGGUAUGCAUAUCUCUUAAAAUUGCUACAAUGAUUCAU